CAGCAGCUCUCAGUCCGCCCAUCAAUGACGCUGCUCCAGAUGUGGGUCUGAUGUGAAACAACAGCUCCAACUCUAAUGCUACAGCUCCAACUACACAACCACAUAAGAUGUCUGCUGAGCUCUACACUGCAAGCCAACCAGCUGAGAAUAAUGGAAGUCUCCAAACUACCACAGUGGGAGGCAGCAAACCUUUACACCGCUUCCUGAAGGGACAACCCAAGAUUAUGGGUACUGUUGUGCUGAUCAUAGGCGCAUCCUUCUUCAUUCUUUCCAUCGCCAUCUCGACAGGCCACUUCGCUCACCACAUAUGGACAACCAUCCCACCAGGCUUCUUACUGGGAACACUGUUCAUCAUAAGUGGGAUCCUGUUUAUUGUGACAGAGUUAAACCCCACCAAGAAAACAGUAACCAUAUCGUUAGCUUUGAGCAUUGUGUCCAUACUGGGGGCAUGUUGGACAGUUCUGCACAUCCUGCCCGAUCUCCACUUCUUGAGAAGCUCAGCGUAUUUUGAUGAAAAUAUCACAGACACCGAGUUAGCAUGGGCUAAUUAUAGCGAAGCAAUGGGAGUGACUGUGGAGGCACUCUUUCUGUUCUACAGUUUUGUUGGUGCUAUCAUUUUCAUUGUAAUGUCAGUGCUGGCUGGGGCUGCCCUCCGUUCCACGAAAAGUCAGGCCGUUGUUGUGAUGACCACAACGUCAACUACAACACCAGCUGAAUAGCAAGUGCCAGAGGAAGAUCUGAUGUGUGCCGCAUCGAGCAGAGAGAAGAAAAAUGGAGCAUUUAAAAACAUGCAUUUAUCUCUCAUUGUGGGGAUCUGAAUAUACUUGAUUUAAAAUAUGAACCACCUCUUUCUAGUAUGUUGUGGUUCUUGUAUAUAAUUCAGUACACUAUAUGAUAAUGUGCACAGUCUGGUGGUGAUUCUGUGAUUACUUCCUUCCCCCAGUAACGUUAGCUCUAUACUUACCUCCUUUGACAUUUUUCAGAUUCAACAGAACUUUGAACUUUCCCCACAGCACAGGAACUUGACUGGUGAGCUGCAGUGUUGGCUGUCCUAUCUCCACAUGAUGUUUGCACUACAUCUACACCAGGCACAUUUAUCAGAGGAAGGGUCAAACUGAGAUAAGGGGAACAUUUCUCUGCAUAGAGUACAUAGAAUUCAGGAUCAUAUAAGGCAACCUUUGUUGACUGUUUACAUCUAGUUACUUCUGCAUUAAUACUCUACAGAUAAUUUACUAGUCAUAGUGGUUUAUCAAUUAAAACCUUUCUUGAAUUUGUUUAACAUCUCCCAGCUCUAUUUCAUUUGCAAGAACUCUGAUGGAUUGUUUUGAUCAGCUUGGUUCCAGAUCACUAAAUCACAGCUAACAUCUCUACAGCAAAACAAAUUCUAAAUAUAGAUACUGGUAAUGCAGACUGAUAAUACUGAUGCUACUGCCUGACAACUUACCUUUAUAAUAACAGAUUAUGAAAAACUGAAAGCACUGCAGGCUUGAUAUAUGUAAUAAACCCUGUUCAUAUGUA